AUGAUGAUGAUGAUGAUCAUCAUCUGGGGAGUGCCCUGUGGUUGCUGUCCUGGCGACCAGAAAGCUGCUCUCCUCGAGUUCCGGUCCCUAUACGUUGGAAACUCCUCUGCUGGCGGCGAUUUUUCCAACUGGAACGCCAGUACGAGUUGUUGCGAGUGGUCGGGGCUUUCCUGUGAUUCCCGGCAUCAAUUCGUCAUGGCGCUUGGCCUCCUAGAUACGGGUUUCAUGGGUGAGCUGCUGGAAGCAGGGGUGAGUUCGGAUGUUCUAACUCCGCUCUUUCUUCUCACGUCAUUACGCUAUCUCGACCUGUCUCAGAUUUACAUACGAGGUGGAAUCCCACCUGGAAUAGGGAAUCUGACACAACUUCAAAAACUUGAUCUAUCUAACAAUCGCUUCAGCGGUCCAAUUCCUCCUCAGCUGUUUAGCGCUCUGCCUCAUCUGCAACAACUUGGGUGUGAUGGGAAUGCAUUAGAAGGGAAGAUCCCCAUAGAGAUUGGCAACCUGACCAAUCUCGUGGAUGUUUUUAUGCAUGGCAACAAACUCUCUGGAGAAAUUCCCGCGACUUUGUUGCAGUUGCACAAGUUGGAGACGUUGUAUUUGAAAGACAACUUUUUAUCUGGGGAGAUCCCUAGUGUUCAAAACAUGACUCGGUUGAUAGAUCUAAAGCUCGACAACAACUUUUUGUCCGGUGAGGUUCCGACUUGGGUGUUCGAAUUGUCCAUGAUACAGCGUCUGUAUUUGGGGAGAAACAACCUUACAUUUGCAUAUGCAAAGCAAAUUGCCCCAAAAUCCAGAUUCACUCAAGUAUCCCUGAUAUCCUGCAACAUUGCUUCCAAUGGAAUCCCUCUCUGGCUGGCGAACCAGUCUGAUCUAGAGACUCUCGACUUGAGAAGCAACCGAAUGACAGGAACCUUCCCCGGGUGGUUGGCUGAAAUGCACCUGACUGACUUGGUUUUGGCAGAUAACUUGCUUCAAGAUUUUGAGUCUUCGGAACAAUCUCUUUCAAGGGCCGAUUCCAGCAACUCUUUCCAAUCUCAUAAGCCUUCAAAUUUUAGACCUCUCGGGAAAUAA